AUGUCGGUGGAUCAAUAUCCAUAUGGUGAUAAUUUACGCGCUGGAUUGAGGAAGGGUCCACGCAAGGUGGGAGCUUCAUGGCUCCUAGACAAGAACGGUAACCCCAUGGUGGAAACCCCCUCGGAUAUAGCGCCUGGAUUGCGUGUUGAUGAGCUAAGCCAUAGGGAGGCAACAACUGAAUUUGCCCGUGGGGAGAAUGUGUCAGUCAUGGCAGCGUCCAAGAGAAGAAGGGGUGAAUUGAAUAUGGGCACUGGGGCAAUGCGAAUGUUGCCAUUGCCUAUGGAGGGUUAUCAUUUUACUUGGGAGAAGGGGAAAGGUACGCUUGCAUGCAUUGAGGAGAAGUUGGACAAAGUGCUAGCUUUUAAUGUUUGGCGCGAAAUUGUGCCAGGGGCCAGAGUUACUAAUACACUGAUGAGGAAAUCAGAUCAUUCUACGCUUUUCUUGAGUAUUCAUGAGAUGUUUCAGAAUGGGGGAGGAGGAAAGAGAGGAUUUCGUUUCGAAAUGGCUUGGGUGUAUCAUGAAGGGUGUAGGGGUGUGGUGGAAAGAUCAUGGGAGGAAGGGAGGAAUGAAGGGAUCCAAGAGGGACGCACUGAUCCUGCAUCCCUAACUGAAUUCCAGCGGCUGGAGGGAAUUCUGAGCAAUAUGGAAAUCCAAGAAGAUACUUACUGGAGACAGAGAGCCAAACAACACUGGCUCAAGAAUGCGGAUGCCACCAAUACGAAAUUCUACCACAUUCAUAUCUUCUCCACUAGUAACCCUAUGGAUGGUAGCAAUUUAUUUGCUGAGGUAUCCCCACGUGUUACCCAGGCUCAAAAUGAGUUAUUAUUACGCCCCUUUGAAGUGUCUGAGCUUAAGGAUGCCCUUUUUGCGAUGGCCGCGGACAAAACACCUGGCCCGGAUGGUAUGAACCCAGGUUUCUACCAGCAGUUCUGGGAUGUAGUUGGUGAUGAUAUUUUGACAUUUAUACUCAAUUGUCUUAAUAAUCGGAUAUUCCCCUCUGAGCUAAAUAAUACGGAUGUUGUGCUCAUCCCAAAGAAGAAAACCCCUGAGGUGGUUGCAGAUUUUUGGCCAAUAGCUUUGAGCAAUGUGAUAUACAGAAUAAUGGCCAAAAUGAUUACACAGAGAAUGAAGCCUUUAAUGGAAAGUAUAAUUUCUAGCUCACAAAAUGCGUUUAUACCAGACAGAUUGAUUACUGAUAAUAUUUUUAUAGCAGCAGAAGUGGGUCAUUACCUUAAUAGAAAGCAGUGUGGGACUGUAGGGUGGGGAGCCCUCAAACUGGACAUGGCCAAAGCCUAUGACCGUAUGGAAUGGCCUUUCCUCCGUGGGAUGCUACUGGCGCUGGGUUUUGAUGACAGGUGGAUUGAAUUGAUUAUGUUGUGUGUGACUACAGUGUCAUAUACUUUUAUGAUAAAUGGCUCCCGAAGUACCUCAAUCACACCCACUCGUGGCCUCCGACAGGGAGAUCCAUUAUCCCCUUAUCUAUUCAUUAUUUGUGCAGAGGGGCUUUCAGUUUUGUUGCAACAGGCUCAGGAUAGGGGAUUAAUACAUGGUUGCAGGGUUGCUAGAGGUGCACCUCCUAUUUCUCAUUUAUUUUUUGCGGAUGAUAUCCUACUGUUUUUCAACGCAAAUAUGCCGGAAACAUAUGAGAUAAAGCAUUGUUUGUCGCUAUAUGAGAGUUUAUCUUGUCAGAAAGUCAAUUAUCAUAAAUCCAAUGUAUGCUAUAGUAGGAAUACAGGGCAGUAUGAUAAGGAUAUGCUGGAACAAAUCCUAGGUGUAACCCAGGCUCCCAAUUUUGGGAAAUACCUAGGUCUGCCCUCCUUUGUGGGAAGAAAUAAGAUGGCUGUUUUUGCAUAUAUUGAGGAUAAAAUCAGACAGAGGAUUGGUUCUUGGAACAAGAAAUUAUUAUCACAAGCUGCUAUUGAGCGAGCUAUGAAUCGGUACUGGUGGGGAACAGGUACUGACCGAGGCAUUCACUGGAAAGCCUGGGAUAAGUUAUGUAUCCCAAAAAAGCAUGGUGGCCUGGGAUUCAAAGAUUUGAGAGCAUUCAAUUUGGCAAUGUUAGGAAAGCAGGCAUGGAGAUUGCUCACUAACACUGACUCAUUGGUGGCUCGGGUUUAUAAGGCCAGAAUCCAAAGGAUACCUGUUACCCCUGAGUAUGAAGACAUAUGGUAUUGGUAUGAAGAUCCUAAUGGAUGUUAUUCGGUCAAGAAUGGGUACAGGCGUAUAGUUGGUAAUUAUGAGGAUAAUUCUAAUGGAGCAUUUGAUAAAUGGCUUGCCCUAUGGAACUGCAAUAUUAUACCAUCUAUGGAGAGCCCGAAACGGUGCGGUCUGGGAUGCCUGUCUACCAAGACCAACGAAAUUUUACUUGUGACUGUAGCUGCUACUGUGAAGGCAUGGGAAGCUAUCCAUCACCGUAUCCCCACACGGCAGGCUGCUCGCCAAUCUGCUCCAACCUCCGAAGUUGUCGCGGCUGCCCCUACUGCCGGAAACAUUCUGCCAACCGACGCUGUUAUCAUGCCGAUCGCCGGGCGUCCGCCGUCUCCACCACGCAGCCACCCUGCUCUCCCACGUGGCACGAUGACAAGGCCAAGGAAAUGUUACAUAGAUGCCAGUUACCAUCACGGAACAAAUGCGGCUACAGUCGGUGCGGUUCUUCUCGACGCCGACGACCGUUAUGUGUCAGCUUUCAGUGCCCCCCUAAUAGGUUGCUUCUCCCCACUCAUGGCCGAGACAUUUGCAUGCAAGGAAGCCUUAUCCUGGCUUAGAAGGCGGGAUGAACAGUUUAUACAAAUUCACACGGACUGCCAGUUGCUACAGAGUUAUCUGUCUGGACCACCUACCACAUCACGUUCAUAUCUACGUUAUGCUAUUGAUAGUUGCUGA